AUGGGUUUAAGCCAAAAGCCUCGUUUACGAGGUCGCCCCCCUGCCAAGCGAUCCCCAGCAGCGCAUCUUGCACAACGGGCAUAUCGCACCCGGAAGGAAGAUACAAUCAACGAUUUGACGGAGCGUGUAAAGGAGUUAGAAUGCGGCAUCCAGGAACUCAGCAAAUUCUUUCUUAGUAUCAGUAAGAAGUUGCUAGAUACAAAGGCCCCCGAAAAAUAUCCGCACAUUGCACUGGCCUUGCAUAAGGCAACCCAGCAAUGCCUGGUGCUUGCGCGAGUAGCACAAGAUGCACCUAUAGAAGACGUUAGUGAUGACGAAGACCGUGCGAAUACGGCUGGUUUUCCUAAACGCGGACCGGUUGAGCAACCGGGAAACCAUGAAUAUACAGAACAGCACCAACAAGUGCCGUCGGACUUGCCAUCAAAAGCCCCCAAAGCGUCCACGAAAAUUCCACUUGAUCGACUACUCGGGUGGGUUGUCACAUCACCACGAACCCCGGCCUUGUCAAUUGAACGUCAGGCAACAAUUCGAUUCGAUAGUACCCACACUGACUCGGAAAUGUCCUUUCUAUCUCCCCGCUUCAGCUUACCACUUGUUACUCACCCAUUCAUACCCCCAGACGAAAAAACGCUAUUUAUGCAGCAUUUGGUUCGACGGUGCUGCCUAAUUGCAUACGAACUUUUAGUCUCGCAUUCCGAUAUUCAAAGGAUCCAGGAAGUAUUUGGAUCCAUACUGCCUGCUCUGAGUCGAAAUCAGAUGAUCAUGUCUCUAUACAACUCACUUCAAACCAAUGAUACGGGAAGUGUUCAGCGUCAGGCGAAAGUGCUCACUUCCCUGCGCUCUGGGGAAAUUGACUUUACAGCUGAACCUACGGACGCGUUGUCCAGGGCCUUGGAGUAUGCAUUUGAUCCUGAAACUGGUGCAGAGUGGGUGGAUGUCUAUGGAGUGCAGGAACUUCUAUCCGAGAAAGAUGUUCGAUUCCAAGAGCAUAUCGUCACCCGAUCCGAUGGAACCGGCGGAAAAUCGGAUUCUUCGCCCUCCCCGCACCUCGAUACAACAGCUUUCAUUGAGGUUCUCUCCAGCAAAGCUGUCUGCGUUUGUCCUGGGCCAGUAUUUAGGCGACAGGCCGUUGAAAACGCCGUGGAUCUUGCGAUUGCAAACUAUCGCACCGUCCAUGAUAGCAUGAGAGGUGGUGGUUGA